GAUCCUGAGCAAGCCGCAGCGCGCAGAGCCCUACCUCGAGGCGACCAUGAAAGUAUUGCUCACGGAUAACCAUUCCAUGAUAAAUUGCAUUCAAUGGAGCCACAAGCUUCAAGACAUGUUCAACAAGUUUUGCCGUGAGAUUGAAGGGGACCGAGUGAGUGGCGAUCGUAUUCGGAACAUGCGCCACAGGAAGCACCGCUACGAGAGUAUGCAAAAGCCGCUGGGCAGGCUGAUCCUCUUCCUUGACGCCGUCAUUAUGGUGGCGCAGUGGGUUGCAGUUAAUCGGGCGGGCAGUGCUGAGGAGCUCUACGCUCUCGAUUUCUUGCUCGCCAUAGACGAAGAGGCGCACGCCCCUGAGUACGGCUACUGCGCUUACGUCCUCAAGCUCUUGGAACGCCCGAGAACAGUCUGGCUGCGCGGCGUGCCGAAGACGAUCGGCGGGACGGGCAAGGUCGGGCAGGAGCUGAUCACUAAGUGCUUGGCCCGCAUGAACAACUACGUGCGCGUGGCCAUCGACACUUUGCGAGCGGAGUUCCCUUCUUUCCAAAUGCUCAACGCCUUUCAUAUCUUCGACGUCAGCAAGAGCAGCAAAGCACUUUAUGGUGACAAACAGGAUGUGCGAGCCGAAGCUAUGCACCGCCUCGCAUCCAUCUUCCGCGUGGACGUCGGACGGCUCGAAUCGGAGUUUCUCGACCACGAGGCGAUCGCACGGCACCUACUUUUCCGGGAGGCGGACACCAACAUGGGCGCAUGGCAACUGGCCCUCCUGCGGACGCAGGGGCGGGCUGAUACAAGGCGACAGCACCCGGCGUCAGCAUUGGCCCCAGUCGUGCAGCGAUACCUGUGCUUCAGCGGUACAACAACGUCUGGCAUUGAGCAAACGUUCACACAGCAAUGCCAGAACUUCUACUCCCAGCGCGACCACUGCAGCGUCGAGCUCGAGGUCGACGAAACGUUCAUCCUUGACUUCAACAACGGCACCAAGGAGAACAUUGACGAGAUCAUCGCUAGUGCGCAGAAGAUCUGGGCACAGACAUACGGCAUUCCUCGUACGACGCCUGACAGGCUCCAACGUUUGGAUACACACGGCAAGCACUCUUCCGCCUCGGCUUCAGCCAAUAUGACUGAAACCACUUUCAUCACUGAGCGUCGUGCUGCCGUGGACGCGGACGUUACUACCUUCAGGUCCUUAGACGCGGUCAUGGGCGACGCGUCCGUGCACGGCCAGGGCACGUGGUGCGAGUCUCUGGCCGUCGAGGAGGCGAAACAACACAAAAAGAACCGUGCCGCUGCAGCCGACGCCUUGCUCGACGGUGUUCUCCUUCCCAGCGAGAUCACAUUUGAUCUCAUGGACGAGGCAGCUGGGCGUCAAUCCACAAAGCAGGCAAACGACAGGAAGCGGGCGCGGACCAAAGCCACGCUCGCAGAGACUCUUGCUAAGCCUGGCGUGGGUCUUGUGCUGGCCGGAGCGCGGGUCUGCAACAGAGCGGGUGCGCUGUCGGCGGGCAUUCCGAACACCAUAGCUUUCGUGAAUGAUCCCUUGCAGUGCGAGAUCCUGGUCGUGCGCGACCCGAGCGCACUGGCGGAGAUGGACGCAUUCGCUCUGGCGCUCAACGGAGGUUUGGCUGUGAGUCGUGAGUACCUGGCUAGCGGUGGGCAACGUGGGCCCAGUAUCUUCUACAAUGCUGCGACGGCCACGCCGCGGCGGAUCUGGCUGUCCGCUGCUUUCUGCGCUGCUGAGGCGCGACUGGCCGACAUCGUGCGCAGAGCAGCCAACAUGGGAAAGUGGAAGCUAUUGAUGACCGAACUUGAGUUUCUGACGUUGUUCGAGAGACUCGAGAAACAAAAAAGGGUGAUGGAGGUGCUCGCAGUCGUCACUGCACCGGAGAAG